GGGCCUUUUUCGUCUACUUGUCUCACAUUUAAAAAUGAAAGAAUCCAGGACUUUGAACUUUGACGAUGUUUUGGAGAAUACCUUAGGAGGCUUUGGGCGAUGGCAGUUUCUUCUUUACGUGGCCGGGGGACUGCUUCUGUUUCCGUGUAAGUUGUACAUUCCCAUAUUCUUGGGAUUUCUUCCCCGAUAUCGGUGCAAAGUCCUCGAAUGUGACUUGGAGCCCAAAGUGGAAUUUCAUCCAACAUGGGCGGAAUUUGCCAUCCCACAUCUUGACAACAAUUACCUACAUGAUGGCUUGGGCCAUUGUCAAAGGUUUUCAUCGAAUGGUACGUCUUGUUCCAAAUUCAAUUUUGAUGAGCACCACAUGGUUCCAUGCUCACAAAGUGUUUAUGAUGACUCGAUGAUGAAAGAGCCAAUGGUUGCGUUCUUCGAUAUUGGACCAUGUUCCAGCAAUGAUCCCAAUUGGUGGUUGGGGUCAUGGAUCUCCCAAAUGGCGUUUAUUGAAAUCAUAUUUUGGACCGGAGUCAUGAUUGGCAUUCUAGUGUGUGGGAGAAUGGGUGACAGGUACGGCACACGUGUUGUCAUAUUAACCAGCCAGGUCACUUUCACUGUGGGAGCCAUCAUCGCCUUCACCUCCAUGACGUACUCAUCUUACGUCAUUUCGUCCCUAUUAACUGGCUUCGGUUGCAUGGGCUCCUCCACAUCCCCAUAUGUCUUAGUAUCCGAGGUCAUGGGUAAGAACCACCGGCAUUACCUAGCUUUCUACCAAAUCUUCCGAGUCUUGGGAGGAUUUUCUUACGCCUGGGUGGCCUCUGUUCUGCAAAAUUGGCGCCAGUUCUGGCUGUACGCCUUGUGUGUGAAUUUAGCGGUUUCGCCAAUCUGGUUUUGGCUCCACGAUUCGCCACGUUGGCUCCUGAGCCGAGGCCAAUUUUCCCAGGCCAGGAAGGUCUUGGACUUUGCAACCAAGAUCAACGGGGAGCCUCGUCUAAGUGCGAAUGAUUUUGCAGCCUUACAAGAGGCCUCAAGGCAACAAAAUGCCUCUAACAGGAUCCAUGAGCGCAUGUGGACCAACUACUACGUUCUGAGGAACUUGGUUGUGUGUCUUUUUAUUUGGCUGAGUGUUGGCUUAAUGUAUCUGGGCCUUUCAAGGAUAUCAGUCACUUUGGGAGGGAAUAUAUACGAAAACUUCGCUCUCUUCGAAGGAGCAGAGCUAAUUGGUCUUGUGCUCAGCUCGACAGUUGCUUCUUACAUGGACUGUCGCACACUCAUCGUUUGGUCCCUGGGAUCUGGAUCCCUCGCGUUGGUAUUGAGUUUCUUGAUUGGUCACCCCAUGUGGACUUUAGCUUUGGUCGUACUCGGCAAGACUUGGGCGAGCAUGUCGCUCCAAGUCAUUUACGUUUAUACCCCAGCUAUAUUUCCCACCCCGAUCCGAAAUUCCGCAUUGGGUCUCUCCUCGACUGCAGCCCGAUUGGGAGCUCUGAUCGGCGCUUGGCUGAUCAAUUCCAAGGGCAUUCCAAUAGUUUUGAGCUUGUUGAUCUUUGCUGGAAUCGGAUUGAUGGCCUGCACACUCAUUUUGGCAUUCUUGCCCAAGAUUCAAGGCUCCGCUCUUCCUGAAACGCUACAAGACGUGAAAAAUCUCGAUCGGGACUUGCCUGUUUUAGGUCAUCUUUCUAUUUUCGAUGAAGUAUUGCCGUCAGGGAUGGAUUUUGAAAAAGAGUCCCUCUUAAAGAACGCUUUGAGCCAAGAAGAAUUGUUAUCGUAGCCGGCAUUGUGUAGCGAGAAAAGUUACAAUAAUCAUGUUGAAAAUUUGAUACCUAAACUAUGUUAUUGAAGAGUCAAAGGGUAUCGGGUUUAAUGUCACCAGAAACCCUUAGCAUUCUGUUGGUUGAUGUAUCAUCCUACGAAUAUUCAUUCACGGAGCUAGAUUUCUGGUUAAUUGUGUCUUGU